UGCAACUGCACAAACACAGAGUGGGUACGUACUCUUUCAAAAUCAACACUACCAAGAACAACAACAAGAAGAACAAAAUGGGCAGGAUCGUCGCCACACCAUUGUACGGUCCACUCCAAUCCACUCUAUUCCUUUUCCAUUUUCAGAAGCCUUCCCUCAACCCCUAUGCGCCCUUAAAUCGAAUAUCAUUCUCUUUCUACUCAACUGCACCACCAGCAGCAGCAGCAGCAGCAGCAGCGGCAGCAGUUAUGGUUAUGGUUAGUUACCCUUCUCCUCCUGUACUUCAUCAACGUAUACACUCACUUCAGUUGAGGAGAACCAGAGAUUAUGAGAGGCUUUGAGGGAGCUCUGGAGUGUCUUAGGGCUCUUGUGGAGACCAAAGUUUGGGAUUAUUGCAUUGUUUGGAGAUCGAGGGAUGAUUCUUCCAGGUUCAUUGAUUGGGUAGGUUGCUGCUGUAGCGGUGGAAGUUUCGACGACGGUGGGAAAAGGGAAGCCGGUGAGACAAUCCCAGCUACCCUUUGUAAGGACACUCGAUUUCGACAUUUUAGGAGAACAAAUGCUUGCCAAGCACUUGCUCAGUUCCCUUCUACUAUAUCAUUGAACUCUGGGGUUCAUGGAGAUGUUUUGAUUUCGAACCAACCCAUGUGGCUUACGAGUGCUGAAGUUUCUUCUACUUCAAGCUUUUCACAUGAGUUGACUGGAACUCGUGUUCUAAUACCAAUUUCUGCUGGCAUUGUGGAGCUUUUUGCGACAAAACAUAUGCCGAGAGACAGAGAGGUUAUAGACUUUGUAAUGGCUCACUGUAAUAUCUCUAUGGAGCAAGAAUUUGAUACAGAGAGUGAAUUGGAUGGUGACCUCAAUGAGAAAAGACUUGAUUCAUGUACCAAGUACUAUUCAGUAGACUGGCCUGAUCCUCAGCCCUUGCUUGAUUUCAAGUCCAAGUUAGAAAUUCUUCCUUCCGUGUCCCAGUCCAACUCCUUUCCUAGCUGUGAAGGAUCAUCCAGUGGCUCAAAGCCUUCCAAUGAGCAUCACUACUUUGAUUCCUAUUCAAGUUUGGUUUCACGUGGGUUCUUCAACCAACCAAUUCACAGGUCCUUUGAAUCCAAGAGGCCAACGCCCCAGGAAGAUUUGCUUGAACAACAAAGAGAUGUGGUUUCGGAUUAUUCAAAGUUCUUGCAGAAAGAUGAAGCCAAAACUGGAGGAGGGAGACAAGGAAAGGAAAUUUACAAAUCCAAAAAUCUUAUCACAGAGAGGAGAAGAAGAAACAAGAUUAGGGAUCGUCUCUACGCGUUACGUGCCUUAGUCCCUAAUAUAUCCAAGAUGGAUAGAGCAUCAAUCAUUGUGGAUGCUAUCAACUACAUCAGAGAGUUGGAAGAGAAUGUGAAAAACCUCCAGAAUGAACUUGUUCAAUUGGAGCACAAAGACUGUCAAAAGAACAGACACUUGAAGAUUUCUCCAUCAGAGAAGAACAAAGAUGACACAAUAUAUUGGCCUCUUGUUCAGAACGAUCAACCAAUGUUUAUCCUUGGUGAGGAGAAGCCUAUGGAGGUGGAAGUGGAAGUGAUGCAAAUUAAUGAAAGAGAUUUCUUAAUCAAGCUAUUCUGCAAGCAGACACAAGGUGGUGUGGUGAGCUCGAUAGAGGCUAUGGAUUCAUUGGGGUUGCAGGUUGUUGAUGUCAAUAUUACCACCUUUGGGGGUAUGGUCCUAAACAUUUUCCAUGUUGAGGCGAAUGAAAAUGACAUUCAGCCUAAGAGACUGAGGGACUCACUAAUCAAGCUAACUAGCAGAGAAAUGAGACAAUUAAAAUAGGCUGUACAAAGGGAAAGUGUUUAUUACCCGGGCUCGACGUAAACAUCUUAGAAAGUGCAACGGAUUAUCCAAACGUCGGUUUGUGUAAUCGCCUGCACCAGUUACAUUAAUCAGCUUGAGCUAGGGAACUUGUUAUUUCAUCAAAAUGAGCCAAGUAAGUAACUUUUUUUCUUCGUUCUGCUAACUUCUUCUUUCCCUGCUGGUUAUUACUCCAACUGGGGGAAAUAUAAUACACAAACUAUGAAUGUAUAAUAUAAUGGGUAGACAUAUGGUGUUUAAAUGCAAUAAAUAGAAGACCAGAGCAUAACCAGAAGUAGAAUAUCACUGGUCAACCAAUUAUAUUA